AACCCACGCAAACCACCAGGCCAGACUUGGGUGGGUAAUAAGAACCCAAUGGGUCAGCAAUUGAUGGGUCAGAACCCACAUGCACCCGGUCAGAAGUGGGUUCAUAGGAACCGACCCGGCCUCAAGGGGCCAGGAGGAAGAAACAAGAACAAGCAGUGGAACCAAAAGGGAAAGAAGAACCAGGGUCAACAUGAGAAGAGGGGGCAGACUGACGAGAAUGUUGGGAGCCUUUCCUCCACGUUGACAGUUUUAGCUCAGACCGUGCCUGGUCCUUCCUCAGAAGAAAAAAACACUCAAGAAACAGCGGAAGAAGCUAAGGAAGGCUCGCUGGUCUCGGACCCGUUCUGCCAGAAGCUGCUUGAGUUGGUGGCGAGCCACUACACGGAGAAGAAACGUGAGAUUGCUGUCAGCAGGAUCGCAAUGUUCGAGAGGGAGCUCGCGGGAGACUCGGGGGAGUUUGUCUGGACCAGCAAUCAGAACAAUGAUGGGAUGAUUCAACAGGUUUGCGAGCGGCUGCAGCUACCUCCCGGUUCAGUCUGGAAACUCCAGCUUCUCCGCAGGGUUUUGAGGAUCGUCCUGCCACAUGCAAAAGCCAGCCACCAUCAGCGCGCCAAACGGCUGGCUCGGGAACUCCUGCGCAGCGAAUUUCAGAACAAGGACGUCCCAGAACUGGAAGCCGUGGUUUCGGUCACAGUGAAGAAAGACGAUGUACAGGGCAGUGGAAACCUAGAUUUUGCUGGACUGGCUGCAGUUCCAGAUCAAACAAGUCAGUCACAAGAACCCAUCCAGCCGAGUUCAUCCACCCAAGGAAACUCCCAAGGACUUGAAGGAGUGCAGAAGGAAGUGGAAGGGCCCUUUAAGGAAGGCUCUCUAGUCUUAGAUCCAUUCUGUAAGAAGCUGCUUGUUCUCGUGAAGAAGCACUACAACCAACAGAAGAAGUGGACUGUGGAACACCGGAUCAGACGGUUCGAAGGGGAACUGAAUGGAGAUCCGGCGUGUUUCUGGCGAAACAUCGACAACAACGAUGAAACCAUCCGCCAGAUAUCAGAGCGGCUGCAACUUCAUCCAGGAUCGGUGUGGAAACUCCAGCUUCUUCGCCGAGUCGUUAUGAACUGCCUCCCCAGAAAAGACACUGCGAUGAAAGCCCGACUCCAGCUGAUGGUCCGAGAAGCCAUCCUGGCAGAAGGUGACAGAUUCAGGCUGAACGUCAGAUAUCUCAUGAAAGUCGUUGUCGCCCGAACGCCAAGAUUCAGCGAAGAGGGUCGCAUUCACUACAAUAACCCACAGUGGGGAGUUUCAGUACUGGUGCCGGGUGGGGGGCAGGAAAGGGACUAUCCAGUACUGGUGCCGGCUGGGGGGCAAGAAAGGGACUCUCCAGUACUGGUGCCGGGUGGGGGGCAAGAAAGGGACUCUCCAGUACUGGUGCCGGGUGGGGGGCAAGAAAGGGACUUUCCAGCCCAAAAUAAACUUUCUCAGCCUGAAGAUGUGCCUGUAACUGACAGUGAGUGUGAGGACUUAGAGACUGCCAUGGUCAUGGACAAUGAAGAUCAGGAGCAACAAUGUGAGGAGGGGCAAGAAAAGCACUUUCAAACCCAAAACAGACCCUCCAGUGUAAAGUCUGAUCUCGCUAUGACUGGUGGAGACAAUGAGAGCUUGGAGACUCCCAUGUUGAAGGAAAAUGAUGAUCAGGAGAGGCAAGAAAUGAGUACCUCAGCCCAAAGCAAACCUUCUAAACCUGAAGAUGUGCCUAUGACUGGCGGAGACUGUGAGAGCGUAGAGACUCCCAUGCUUGGGGAAAAAGAUGAUCAGGAGAGGCAAUGCGAGGAGGGGCAAGAAAUGUACUCCUCAGCCCAAAGCAAACCUUCUAAGGCUGAAGAUGUGCCUAUGUCUGACAGUGAGUGUGAGAGCUUGGAGAGUGCCAUGGUUCUAGACAAUGAGCAGAGGCAAUGUGAGGAGGUGCAAGGAGAAACUGACACUGUGCUGGACACUGAGCAGAGCUUGGUGACGGCAAGUUCAGUUGAAAGUCAUGUGGCAAGUUCAGUUGAAAGUCAUGUGGCAAGUUCAGCUGAAAGUCAUGUGGCAAGUUCAGCUGAAAGCCAUGUGGCAAGUUCAGCUGAAAGUCAUGUGGCAAGUUCAGCUGAAAGCCAUAUGGCAAGUUCAGUUGAAAGUCAUGUGGCAAGUUCAGCUGUAAGCCAUGUGGCAAGUUCAGCUGUGCCUGUGAGUCAGGUGGUUAGUUCAGCUGCAGAUUGCAUGACACCUUCAGCUGAAAGCCAUGUGGCAAGUUCAGCUGAAAGUCAUGUGGCAAGUUCAGCUGAAAGUCAUGUGGCAAGUACAGAUGUAAGUCAUGUGGCUACUUCAGCUGAAAGUCCGAUGGCAAGUUCACCUGUAGAACAUGUGGCAAAUUCAGCUGUAGGUCAGCCUGAAGCUCCUCUUGUAGGGAGUUCUGACAUCCCUUCCACUGCCACAAACCAGCCUGGUUCUUCCUCCUCACAAGAAACUUCCCAAGAACCUGGGGAAGACCCUAAGGAAGGCUCUCAAGAACCUGGGGAGGACGCUAAGGAAGGCUCUCAAGAACCUGGGGAGGACGCUAAGGAAGGCUCUCAAGAACCUGGGGAGGACGCUAAGGAAGGCUCUCAAGAACCUGGGGAAGACGCUAAGGAAGGCUCUCAAGAACUCGCUACGGAAGGCUCCAAUGAAGACGGUACAGAAGAAUCUCUACUCCAUCACCCGUUUACCCAGAAACUGUUUGCCUGGACGGAGGAAACUUACAACUGGCAGCAAUUCAAGAUGGAAAUAUUGAUCAGGAAGUUUGACCAUAGCAGGAAGUUCGAAGACAAUCCGAUGAAGGGAAACGCAGAGUUUGUCUCGGCGAGCUUCGGGAACCAGGACAAGACGAUCAUUUCUGUGGCAGAAAGGCUCAAGCUGCCUCCCAGGUCGGUCUGGAAGUUGCAGCUGUUGCAAAGGGUGAUAAAAUCCUGCCUGCCGAAGGUACGAACCGUCGCACAGACUGAGCAAUUCCGGGAGUUCUACUUGAAUGUCCUGUGUGAAGAAUUUGGACCACAGAACAGUACGGAACUCGAAGAAGUCGUUGCCGCAAGAUUUUCCUCGGCGGGAACGUCUCAAGAAACCGCGAAGGGUCGGAGAGAAGGCAUGCUUGUGUUCGAACCGUUUUCUAAGAAGUUGUUCGCGCAGGUGGAGAAGAUCUUUGGAGAAAACAGGAGACUGCUCGUUGAAGGCCAGACGACGAGGUUCGAACGGGAGCUAUCCGGGAACGUCGACUACGCGUGGACGGACCCACGCAACAACGACGACGAAUUCGAACGUAUCAUAACACGUCUACAACUCCCCCAGGACUGGGUCUGGAAACUCCAGCUUCUUCGCAGAGUCAUAGUCAAGACCCUUCCUAAGAAAAACAAAAAGGAAGCGGACAUGGGAUUGAAGCUGUGCUAUAAGAUGUUCAGGUUCUACGGUUCCAACAUGAGAAGGAACAUCCCGGUGCUGUUAGAAGCUCUGCUGAGGGAUCUGCCGAUGUAUGACAAGGUUCGCAAGACUGCGAAGAGACCACAGGUGUUCGGAGAGCAAAAGAAACUGCUGGCUAAGACGAGGUGGGACCAGCCAGACCAGCAGUCAGGUGUGUUUGCGCCAGAGAUGAACCGCCAAGAGGAGACACCAGUUGAAGAGACCCAGGGUCAGACGGGGCCGCUGGCUGUUGAGGUGGAGAAACAUCUGCUUGAGAAGGAGUGGGAGCGGCUAGCCGGGGAGCGGAAGGCGCUGGACUAUGAGCUGGCACUGAGGGAAGCCGUCCACAUCCUGGAGGCCGAUCGUUGCCACGGCAACCCGCAGGUGUCGGCCAAUCACGACGUGGAUUACCGGAUGAUGUCAUCAGCAGUGAUCGGCAGCCAUGGGAGGGACAGCAGUGAGCGUUUCCAUGGCGAUAAUCACCAUGACGACGGUCGCCAUGACGACCUGGCCCCGCGUGAUUGGUCGCCUGAUGAUGGGGAUGAGAGGGAUGAGUACCACAGUCCCUACAGCCAGCAUCUGUAUCAGGAGGAGGAGGAACGUUACCAGUACAGAGAUGAGGAGCAGAGAGGGAGAGCCCACUCCUGGGAGAGGGGGGAGCAGGAUCCAGGGAGAGACCACUUGUGGGAGAGGGGGGAGCAGGAUCGAGGGAGAGACCACUCCUGGGAGAGGGGGGAGGAGGAUCGGUACAGGGGAGAAACUUCACCUGACAGGUACAGCGAGCCUUCAUACUCACCUGAGGAGGCAGCUGGUAGAUACACAGGAGACCAGCCCUUCCCUUCUCCCAGGUCCCCAGCUCUGGACCUCCCGGGGGACCAAAGUCCUGACUUUGCCCUGGACAACUUUCUUCAGCCUCUUCCACCCACUCGGCAACAGGAAGAGUAUGUGAGUCCACACGCCAGAACAGGUAUCCAUGGUAACCGUAUCCAUGACAACCAUAUCUAUGACGACCGUAACCACGGUGACUACAUCCAUGGUGAUGGUAUCCAUGGAGACCACAUCCAAGGCCAGGGUAUCUAUGGCGACAACAUCCAUGGUGACUAUAUCUACGGCGACCGUAUCCAUAGUGACCGUAUCCAUGACGAUCAACAUCCCCAUAGGAGCAGUUCAGACCUGGGCCAGGACUGGCUCUCCCCUGCGAGCCCCCUUCACAGCCUAGAGCUGCCCAACAGAGAAACACCCAGGAGAGAACCUGGGGAUCAUAGUCCUGACAGAGAACGAAGGAGAGAUCACAGAUCCAGCAGUCAGACUCAAAGUAGGGAUCACAGAUCCAGCCAUCAGAUCCAGGAUAGGGAUCACAGAUCCAGCAGGGAGACUCAAAGUAGGGAUCACAAAUCCAGUAGGGAGAGUUUUGAUAGAGAAAGAUCCCAUAGUCAUAGUAGGAGAGGGGAUGACAGAUCCAGUACAGAUCACAAGUCCAGUAGAGAUCUCAGAUCUAGAUCAAGUAGAGAUGACAGAUUCACUAGAGAUCACAGAUCCAGUAAAGAUAGAUCCAGUAGAGAUGACAGAUCCAGUAGAGAUCCCAAAUCCACUAGAGAUGACAGAUCCAGCAGUCAGCGUCGGGAUCGGGAUCACAGAUCCAGCGUUAGCGCCGAUCGUGGCCAGUCACGGGAUCGCUCUGAUCGCAGCUCUCGAUCCAGCCGACACAACCUCACAGAAAAACCAUCACAAUCUGGCAGAAGCAGCCACAACAACAGCACAAAAAGAAAGCGAAGCCGCAGCCGAAGUCCCAGAGGCUACAGAAAGAGACCAGAAGACACUAGAAGCCGCAAGCAUCACUUAGAACAGCAACAGCAAGCUGGAAAUGCCCCGAAGUGGCCCCUGCAGCCUCCAGCUUAUGUUGCACAGCAAAUCUCAGCUGAGAGGGCCACAAGAUUUCAAGAUAUCGGCCAAAUUUCAAGUAGCCAGGCAACGCAGUCUUCGGCCUCAGCUAACACUGCAAAAAGGCGCAGGGCCACAAGAUUUGAAGAUAUUGAUCAAAUCUCGAGUAACUUAGUCUUAGGGGGCAUGCAGUCUCAAGACUUUGGCCAAGUUGGGACCAGUAGAACUCAAGACUUGAGCCAAGGAGGUCUGCUUUCUUGGGAGAAGGACCGUCUGGAAGGAUAUGUCCAAGACAUCGCACAGACGACAGAAAACGCCCCCUUCCAAACAGACACGUGUCAGCCCUAUACUCGCAGGCUCCUUGCCUUAGUGGAAACUUUCGGCCCCGUCACAAAACAAGAAGUCGAGAAGAGAAUCUUCAAAUUUGAGCUGGAAGUGAGAAAUCAGGUCGUGGACCGGAGGAGAGACUAUGACGACAGUUUAAUCGACGAUUUGGGCGCACAAAUCCCGGAGGAGCAUCGCUGGAAGCUGAAACUUCUGCGGCGAAUCAUCGUCGACACGUUACCGAAGAAAAGCGUUGAGGAAAAGGAGAAGAUUUUGUGGCUUUGCCGGGAGUUGGUGCCACCGGAAGGAGUGGAACUCACCGAGGAGCUUUUUAAAGCUCUGAUUGCGAAGAAGGUGGUGGUGAACCCGCUUCUGAAGCCCAUGGUCAUCACAGGAACUGGAGCUGGCAUUUCCACAAGAGUUGUGAGAAAGAGGACCGACUGGGAGACCCGGGAGACGGUUACAGCCUACCUCCAACAGGAGGGGAUUUCCCACACCGAGGAGGGCAUCGACGCCAUUCUGCAGAACGAAGAACUUCUGUCCCACAUCCAGAACAGCAUGGCUUACCGACAGCUGGUGGGAACAGCAGCGUUCUCACAGGAGGAACAGCAGCGGACAGCAGCUGUUCACCAGGCAGCAAGGUCGGCUGUAGGACAAGUCCAGAACACGAUGGCUUACAGACAGCAAGUUGGGACAGCUGCGUUCUCACAGGAGGAACAGCAACGGACAGCUGCUGUACACCAGGCAGCAAGGUCGGCUGUAGGACAAGUCCAGACCAGCCGAACCAGAGGGUUCCGCCAAGAAGGUUCUUGGCAAGAUGAUAGUGUCGAGGGCAACUUCUUAGACUUUGGGAAGGAAAGCAGCGAUUCCUUCCACCUCAACAUCCGGCAAACAGUUCUGCCAGCUUCGAAAGGAAGAGAAACUUUGGGAAUUGAGUCAAGGUCUGCAGAGUUUCCUCACAGUUCAGCUAGCUCAGCUGCUUGUGGCUCUGUGUUAGCCAGAUCAGACCAAGCUUCACCACGCCAAACUGGUAACAGACCACAAGCAGCCAGCACCCUGGCUAUUUCUGGUCCUUCCUCUCAAGGACCAGCUGGUAGCUACACUGGCUCUCCGUUAAAGCCAGCCAGGGGAGGCACGUUGAUCUUGGAGCGGUUUGUGCAGAAGUUACUCGUGUUCGUGGAGAAAAACUACGGGGAACGGAUGAGGCAGAAGGUGGAAGACCGGAUCAACACCUUUGAGGAGGAGCUGAAGGGAGACCCGGAGUUCGCCUGGCAGCACACACAGAACAACGACGGGAUGAUUCAACAGGUUUGUGAGCGAUUGCGGCUGCCCCCCGGUUCGAUGUGGAAACUUCAGCUGUUGCGGAGGCUCGUGAUCGACUGUCUACCCAAGAAAACAAUUGCGGGGAGGGAGAGAGUCCUGACGAUGUGUCAGCACGUCCUAUUCGACGAGGGCGUAGAGGUCACCGAGGACGUCUUCAAGGUCGUCAUCGCCACGGUGGCCAGAAACCUGCAGUCUGUCGCCAUGACCACCGGUAACCCGACACCACCGGGGCUCUACAGGACUGUACCAAGUGCCUCCUCCACAGGGGGGGAGGCUUCUCGGUCUGUGGCAUUUACCCAGGAAGAAAUGCUUACGACCGUACCAAGUGUGUCUGUAGGGGGGACCACUUCUGUACAAACUGUUCAGGGACAGAUGCUCAGGGCCGUACCAAGUGGGUCAGCAGGGGGGGAGCAGGGUUCGGAUGUGGAUGAGAAGCAGCAGAUGGUCAUCGCCUACCUGCUGAGCAUGGGGGUUCAGGUGACCUGGGAGGCCGUGGAGGGGGUUCUGAGGAACCCGCAGGCCCUGGACAGCAUCGAGAGGAUCUUCUGGAUCCCCCAUCAGAGCCGCCAGAUGGUGGAGCGGUACCUCCGGGAGAUGGGCCUGCCCGUUGCCACGGAUACGGUGGAUAAGAUCAUGGGCAACCCAGAACUGAUGGCGAGGAUCAAAAACACCCUCGGGGGUCAGGGGGCAAACUGAGGGGUCAGGGGGCCAACUGAUGGCAUCAAUAACAAACUACAUUUUUACUAACCACAGUUUCAGCACUAGGGACAUGGCCAUUAACCCUUAGCCUGCAAAGGCAGCCGUUUGGCACCAAACCUGUACUAGUUCUGGGGUUAGGCAGCAGGUAGAAGGUUAAUAACCACAACUGUUUAGGCAAUAGGGACAUGGCCAUACUCAGCAUGCUAAGGUAGCGAUUUGGCACCAAACCUGUACCUGUUAUGGGGUCAGGCAGCAGGUAGAAGGUUAAUAACCACCACAGUUUAGCUGGUGUAACCGCCCUUCGGCAUAACACACCAGCUUCUGUAUGUUUUUUUCAGCACAGGAUCACAGGUUGGCUUUGGUUGGAUGUUAUUAUUAUGCCAACCUUCAACCUGCUAAGGUAGUCAUUUCGCACCAAGUUUGUAUCAGUUACAGGGUUAGGGAGCAGGGACAAGGUUAACCUUAAGAGUGUCUGCUGCACAGUAUUCCGAAUUGACGAAUAGAAGUGCAUUUUGGCAGUCUGCCAUUUGUAAAGUCCUGUUUUGUUACCUGCCAUGUAGUGUAGUCUUUGGCAAGCCUGUUUCCAGGCUAUGAAGUGAUGAAAGUCAUUCCUUAUUCUGAUUAGUGGCUGCAAAGAUUGUGACCUUUUUAGUUAUAAAGUAAACUUUUC